AUUGGAAACUUCGGACGAACAUUACCAAAGGAUUGGCAAGUGAUAAGUAAGGAAUUCCUGGGGCGGUUCCAGCCUGGAUCAAAGUCCUAGAAAGAUGGAGAAGGAGGAAGAAGAAGAAACUCGGGAGAUUCUUCUCCCGGACUGGGAAGGCAGUGGUUCUCACGGUAUCACCAUCAAUCAGACAGAAGAAGGUGUUUUUGUGAAACAGGUUGACCACAACUCGCCUGCUGCCAAAACAGGAGUUGUGAAAGAAGGGGAUCAGAUAGUGAGUGCCACAAUUUACUUUGACAACUUGCAGUCCGGGGAAGUUACAGAGCUCCUUAAAAAUGUAGGCCACCACACAGUGGGCCUUCGGCUACAGAGGAAAGGCGACCGGUCUCCAUUGCCAGGACAGUCUUGGUCCCAUGAUGUGUUUACCCCGAAAAGUCCAGAGGUUGUUCUGAGCGGAGAUGAUGAAGAUUACAGACGGAUUUAUACGACAAAAAUUAAGCCUCGCCUUAAAUCAGAAGAUGGUAUGGAAGUGGAACACACAGGAACCCAGAGCAGAACAAUCACGGUCACCAAGAGAGUUACUGCUUACACAGUUGAUGUCACAGGACCUGAAAGUGCCAAAGAGAUUGACAUAACCAGUCCAGAGUUUAAAAUCAAGAUUCCAAAACAUGAACAUACCCAUGUUUCAAAAGCAGAGAUUGAAACAGAACCUGGGAAAACUGUCAUCAAGAUACCACAUAUGGAUUUGUCAGGGAGAACUAGCCAAGUAAGAGACUCCCAUGUUGGGAAGAGAGGACCUUCUGAAGUUACAUCUUCUGGACCAACUGUUGAAUCACCGUCAAAGAAGCUGGAAUUUGGCGUUCCUGGUAUUCAUGUAGAUGCUGGUAUUCAUGUUACAAGGCCUGAAAUAAAUGGGAAAACAGGGGAUAUAGACUUAAAAGCAGGGGUUCCAGAUAUCUCAGGUCCUAAAAUACAAGGUGAUGUGGGAGGGUUGCAAGCGGAUUUGUCACUACCAUUCUCCAAGGGUCCUUCUGUUGGUAUUUCAGUCCCCCAAAUUCAAGGUGAAAGUAAAGGAAAUAUCACAUUUCCUUCAAUGAAAAUGCCUAAAUUUGGUAUAUCAAUUCCAGUUUCUGAUGUUGAAGUCCCUCAACUUGAUACAGCUGCACCUUCAGUUACAAUCAAAAGCUCUGAAAUCACACCGCCGCAAAUAGAUAUAAAAGGACUGAACCUGAAAGAUGGGGUGAAAAUGACCUCUCCAACUUUGGAAGGCCCCAAGGUGGAUAUCAAAGGGCCAAAAGUGGAUUUUGGGGCUCCAGAUGUUGGACUUGAAGGGAGUGAAGGAAAAAUCAAAAUUCCACACAUGAAACUUCCUAAGUUUUCUGCAUCAAGCCCUGCUGUGGAUGUGACUGUUCCAGAAGGGAAAGUUGACAUUUCAGGGCCUCAAGUGGUUAUGCAAGCGCCAGAUGUGACUCUUGAAGCACAAACGAAAGGACACAAAUUUGGCAAGCCUGAAAUAUUUGGUCAGACACCUAAAAUUUCUAUGUCAGACGUUGAUUUAAACCUCAAGGGCCCUAAAGUGAAAGGAGCUGCUGAUAUUUCAGGGCCAAAGAUGGAAAGUGCCUUGAAAGGACCUGGCAUGGGCAUUAAGGGGCCCAGACUAGAUAUCGAAGUUCCCAAUGUUGACCUCAAAGGUAGUUUGGAAGGUCCAAAAGUCUCAGUGCCUUCUUUGAAAACAUCUCCAGUAAAAGUAGAUAUGCCAGAUGUGAAGGGGAUGAUAGGAAAGGCUGAUGUGGAUGUUUCUGUGCCAAAGGUAGAAGGUGGUAUCAAGGGACCUCAGGUUGAUAUCACAGGCCCUAAAAUAGACACAACUGCACCCAGCUUUGGCAUCAAAGGACUUGGAGGGCAACUGAAGGGUUCCCAAAUCAAGACUCCACAAAUAUCCAUACCUGACAUUGACCUGAACUUGAAAGGUCCCAAAAUCAAAGGUGAUAUAGGUGAUGCAUCCAUUCCGAAAGUGGAAGGAGAAUUAAAAGGCCCAGGGGUUGACAUCAAAGGUCCCAAACUGGAUGUCACUGCCCCAGAUGUAGAACUUCAUGGACCAGAACUCAAAAUGCCCAAAAUGAAAAUGCCUAAAUUUGGAGUGCCUGGCUUUAAAACUGAAGGUCCUGAUGUAGACAUCAGUAUUCCAAAGGGAAGUGUUGGCAUUUCUGGUCCCAAGGUUGACAUUGAAGCUCCCAGUGUGGACAUCAAAGGCCCAGCAGGACAGCUAAAGGGCCCCCAUGUCAAAAUGCCAGAAGUACAUGUCAAGACUCCUCAAAUAUCCAUACCAGACAUCGACCUAAACCUGAAAGGCCCGAAAAUCAAGGGAGACGUGGAUGUUUCCAUUCCUAAAAUGGAAGGAGAAUUAAAAGGCCCAGCUGUUGACAUCAAGGGUCCCAAAGUGGACAUCAGUGCACCGGACGUUGAACUUCAUGGCCCAGAACUCAAAAUGCCAAAACUGAAAAUGCCCAAAUUCGGCAUGCCAGGGUUCAAAGCAGAGGUUCCAGAUGUAGACAUCAGUCUUCCGAAGGGCAACAUUGACAUUUCAUCUCCAAAGGUAGAGAUAGAAGGACCAGAAGAAAAAAUUAAAGGUCCCACAUUCAAGAUGCCCCAAGUGCCUGAUGUGGAUCUGAAGGGGCCCACACUUAAAGGUAACAUCAAUGUUUCUGUGCCAGAGGUGGAAAGUGCUUUCAGAGGACCCCAGGUGGAUAUCAAAGGCUCUAAAAUGGACUUCCCUGAACCUGGCAUUGACAUAAAAGGCACUGGAGCACAACUCAAAGGUCUUCAUGUAAAGACUCCACAAAUAUCCAUACCUGACAUUGAUCUGAACUUGAAAGGCCCCAGGGUCAAAGGAGACAUAGAUGUUUCCAUUCCAAAAGUGGAAGGAGAAUUAAAAGGCUCAGGUGUCAACAUCAGCAGUCCCAAACUGGAUGUCAGUGCCCCAGAUGUAGAACUUCAUGGACCAGAACUCAAAAUGCCCAAAAUGAAAAUGCCUAAAUUUGGAGUUCCUGGCUUGAAAGCUGAAGGUCCUGAUGUAGAUGCCAGUCUUCCAAAGGGAAGUGUUGACAUUUCAGGUCCAAAGGUGGGCAUUGACGCUCCCAGUGUAGGCAUCAAAGGUCCAGCAGGACAACUGAAAGGUCCUCAUGUCAAGAUGCCAGAAGUACAUGUCAAGACUCCUCAAAUAUCCAUACCAGACAUCGACCUGAACCUGAAGGGCCCGAAAAUCAAGGGAGACAUGGAUGUUUCCAUUCCAAAAAUGGAAGGAGAAUUAAAAGGCCCAGCUGUUGACAUCAAGGGUCCCAAAAUGGACAUCAGUGCACCGGAUGUUGAACUUCAUGGUCCAGAACUCAAAAUGCCAAAAAUGAAAAUGCCCAAAUUCAGCAUGCCAGGGUUCAAAGCAGAUGUACCUGAUGUAGACAUCAGUCUUCCAAAGGGCAGCGUUGAAAUUUCAGGUCCAAAUGUAGACAUAGAAGCUCCCAGUGUGGGCAUCAAAGGUCCAGCAGGACAACUGAAAGGUCCUCAUGUCAAGAUGCCAGAAGUACAUGUCAAGACUCCUCAAAUAUCCAUACCAGACAUCGACCUGAACCUGAAGGGCCCGAAAAUCAAGGGAGACAUGGAUGUUUCCAUUCCAAAAAUGGAAGGAGAAUUAAAAGGCCCAGCUGUUGACAUCAAGGGUCCCAAAAUGGACAUCAGUGCACCGGAUGUUGAACUUCAUGGCCCAGAACUCAAAAUGCCAAAACUGAAAAUGCCCAAAUUCAGCAUGCCAGGGUUCAAAGCAGAUGUCCCUGAUGUAGAUGUCAGUCUUCCAAAAGGAAGCAUUGACAUUUCAGGUCCAAAAGUAGAUGUAGAAGUUCCCAGUGUGGACAUCAAAGGGCCAACAGGACAGCUAAAAGGCCCCCAUGUCAAGAUGCCAGAAGUACAUGUCAAGACUCCUCAAAUAUCCAUACCAGACAUCGACCUGAACCUGAAGGGUCCCAGAGUCAAGGGAGAUGUAGAUGUUUCCCUCCCAAAAGUUGAAGGAGGAUUAAAGGGCCCAGCUGUUGACAUCAAGGGUCCCAAAAUGGACAUCAGUGCACCGGAUGUUGAACUUCAUGGCCCAGAACUCAAAAUGCCAAAACUGAAAAUGCCCAAAUUCAGCAUGCCAGGGUUCAAAGCAGAUGUCCCUGAUGUAGAUGUCAGUCUUCCAAAGGGCAGUGUUGACAUUUCAGGUCCAAAGGUAGACAUAGAAGCACCUGGAGUGGACAUUGAGGGGCCAGAAGGCAAAAUUAAAGGUCCAAGAUUCAAAAUGCCUGAAAUGCAUAUGAAAACACCUAAAAUAUCCAUGCCAGACAUUGAUCUGAAUCUAAAAGGGCCCAAAUUCAAAGGAGAUGUGGAUGUUUCUAGACCAAAGAUAGGAGGUGAACUCAAAGGUCCUCAUGUUGACAUUGAAGGUCCUAAAUUGGAUGUUGAUAUUCCUGAUGUAGAGAUGGAAGGUCCUGAAGGAAAAAUUAAAGGUUCUAAAUUCAAGAUGCCCAAGCUAAAUAUUAAAGGCCCUAAAAUAUCCAUGCCAGAUGUAGACCUGGACCUAAAAGUCCCCAAAAUGAAAGGUGAAAUGGAUGUGACUGUUCCGGAGAUUGAGGGUGAUUUGAAAGGACCACGUAUUGAUGUCAAGAGUCCGAAGCUUGAUGUGGAUCUCCCGGAUGUUGAUCUUGAAGGUCCAGAUGCCAAGUUGAAGAUGCCAAAAAUGAAGUUACCAAAGUUUGAGAUGCCUGGCUUCAAAGGUCCUGAUGUUGAUGUGAGCCUUCCCAAAGGAGACCUUGAAGUUUCAGGACCAAAACUGGAUAUUGAUAUGCCAAAUGUAGACAUUGAAUGUCCAGAAGGAAAAGUUAAAGGACCUAAAUUCAAAAUGCCAGAGAUGCAUUUCAAAACACCCAAAAUCUCCAUGCCCGAUAUUGAUCUGAACUUGAAGGGACCCAAGGUGAAAGGAGAUGUUGAAGUGUCUGUCCCAAAAUUAGAAGGAGAAUUGACGGGUCCGCAAAUAGAUAUCAAGGCCCCUACAGUAGAUGUGAGUGGCCCUGAUGUUGAUCUCAAGAGUGAGGGGAAGCUGAAAAUGCCAAAAUUGAAGAUGCCACAUUUUAGUGCCACAGGACCCAAAGUUGAAGGCCCCGAUGUAGAUCUCAGCUUCCCAAAAGGAGAUGUAGAUUUUGAAGCUCCUGAAUUGGAUAUUGAAGGUCCUGAUGCAAAACUGAAAGGUUCAAAAUUUAAGAUGCCCAAACUAAAUAUUAAAGCACCUAAAAUCUCCAUGCCUGAUGUAGACUUACAUCUCAGAGGCCCUGGAGCAAGAGGCGAAAUGGAUGUAACUGUUCCAAAUCUUGAAGGAAAUAUCAAGGGCCCCAAAGUAGACAUUGAAGCACCUGAUGUUGAAAUUGAGGGUCCAGAAGGAAAGUGGAAAGGCCCUAAAUUCAAGAUGCCUGAAAUGAACAUCAAGGCUCCAAAGAUCUCCAUGCCAGAGAUUGAUUUGAACCUGAAGGGGCCUAAACUGAAGGGGGAUGGUGACGUGUCAGUUCCAAAACUGGAAGGUGACCUCAGAGCCCCAGAUGUUGAUCUCAAGGGUCCUAAAGUGGAUAUUGAAGCACCUGAUGUUGAAAUUGAGGGUCCAGAAGGAAAGUGGAAAGGCCCUAAAUUCAAGAUGCCUGAAAUGAACAUCAAGGCUCCAAAGAUCUCCAUGCCAGAGAUUGAUUUGAACCUGAAGGGGCCUAAACUGAAGGGGGAUGGUGACGUGUCAGUUCCAAAACUGGAAGGUGACCUCAGAGCCCCAGAUGUUGAUCUCAAGGGUCCUAAAGUGGAUAUUGAAGCACCUGAUGUUGAAAUUGAGGGUCCAGAAGGAAAGUGGAAAGGCCCUAAAUUCAAGAUGCCUGAAAUGAACAUCAAGGCUCCAAAGAUCUCCAUGCCAGAGAUUGAUUUGAACCUGAAGGGGCCUAAACUGAAGGGGGAUGGUGACGUGUCAGUUCCAAAACUGGAAGGUGACCUCAGAGCCCCAGAUGUUGAUCUCAAGGGUCCUAAAGUGGAUAUUGAAGCACCUGAUGUUGAAAUUGAGGGUCCAGAAGGAAAGUGGAAAGGCCCUAAAUUCAAGAUGCCUGAAAUGAACAUCAAGGCUCCAAAGAUCUCCAUGCCAGAGAUUGAUUUGAACCUGAAGGGGCCUAAACUGAAGGGGGAUGGUGACGUGUCAGUUCCAAAACUGGAAGGUGACCUCAGAGCCCCAGAUGUUGAUCUCAAGGGUCCUAAAGUGGAUAUUGAAGCACCUGAUGUUGAAAUUGAGGGUCCAGAAGGAAAGUGGAAAGGCCCUAAAUUCAAGAUGCCUGAAAUGAACAUCAAGGCUCCAAAGAUCUCCAUGCCAGAGAUUGAUUUGAACCUGAAGGGGCCUAAACUGAAGGGGGAUGGUGACGUGUCAGUUCCAAAACUGGAAGGUGACCUCAGAGCCCCAGAUGUUGAUCUCAAGGGUCCUAAAGUGGAUAUUGAAGCACCUGAUGUUGAAAUUGAGGGUCCAGAAGGAAAGUGGAAAGGCCCUAAAUUCAAGAUGCCUGAAAUGAACAUCAAGGCUCCAAAGAUCUCCAUGCCAGAGAUUGAUUUGAACCUGAAGGGGCCUAAACUGAAGGGGGAUGGUGACGUGUCAGGUCCUAAAGUGGAUAUUGAAGCACCUGAUGUUGAAAUUGAGGGUCCAGAAGGAAAGUGGAAAGGCCCUAAAUUCAAGAUGCCUGAAAUGAACAUCAAGGCUCCAAAGAUCUCCAUGCCAGAGAUUGAUUUGAACCUGAAGGGGCCUAAACUGAAGGGGGAUGGUGACGUGUCAGUUCCAAAACUGGAAGGUGACCUCAGAGCCCCAGAUGUUGAUCUCAAGGGUCCUAAAGUGGAUAUUGAAGCACCUGAUGUUGAAAUUGAGGGUCCAGAAGGAAAGUGGAAAGGCCCUAAAUUCAAGAUGCCUGAAAUGAACAUCAAGGCUCCAAAGAUCUCCAUGCCAGAGAUUGAUUUGAACCUGAAGGGGCCUAAACUGAAGGGGGAUGGUGACGUGUCAGUUCCAAAACUGGAAGGUGACCUCAGAGCCCCAGAUGUUGAUCUCAAGGGUCCUAAAGUGGAUAUUGAAGCACCUGAUGUUGAAAUUGAGGGUCCAGAAGGAAAGUGGAAAGGCCCUAAAUUCAAGAUGCCUGAAAUGAACAUCAAGGCUCCAAAGAUCUCCAUGCCAGAGAUUGAUUUGAACCUGAAGGGGCCUAAACUGAAGGGGGAUGGUGACGUGUCAGUUCCAAAACUGGAAGGUGACCUCAGAGCCCCAGAUGUUGAUCUCAAGGGUCCUAAAGUGGAUAUUGAAGCACCUGAUGUUGAAAUUGAGGGUCCAGAAGGAAAGUGGAAAGGCCCUAAAUUCAAGAUGCCUGAAAUGAACAUCAAGGCUCCAAAGAUCUCCAUGCCAGAGAUUGAUUUGAACCUGAAGGGGCCUAAACUGAAGGGGGAUGGUGACGUGUCAGUUCCAAAACUGGAAGGUGACCUCAGAGCCCCAGAUGUUGAUCUCAAGGGUCCUAAAGUGGAUAUUGAAGCACCUGAUGUUGAAAUUGAGGGUCCAGAAGGAAAGUGGAAAGGCCCUAAAUUCAAGAUGCCUGAAAUGAACAUCAAGGCUCCAAAGAUCUCCAUGCCAGAGAUUGAUUUGAACCUGAAGGGGCCUAAACUGAAGGGGGAUGGUGACGUGUCAGUUCCAAAACUGGAAGGUGACCUCAGAGCCCCAGAUGUUGAUCUCAAGGGUCCUAAAGUGGAUAUUGAAGCACCUGAUGUUGAAAUUGAGGGUCCAGAAGGAAAGUGGAAAGGCCCUAAAUUCAAGAUGCCUGAAAUGAACAUCAAGGCUCCAAAGAUCUCCAUGCCAGAGAUUGAUUUGAACCUGAAGGGGCCUAAACUGAAGGGGGAUGGUGACGUGUCAGUUCCAAAACUGGAAGGUGACCUCAGAGCCCCAGAUGUUGAUCUCAAGGGUCCUAAAGUGGAUAUUGAAGCACCUGAUGUUGAAAUUGAGGGUCCAGAAGGAAAGUGGAAAGGCCCUAAAUUCAAGAUGCCUGAAAUGAACAUCAAGGCUCCAAAGAUCUCCAUGCCAGAGAUUGAUUUGAACCUGAAGGGGCCUAAACUGAAGGGGGAUGGUGACGUGUCAGGUCCUAAAGUGGAUAUUGAAGCACCUGAUGUUGAAAUUGAGGGUCCAGAAGGAAAGUGGAAAGGCCCUAAAUUCAAGAUGCCUGAAAUGAACAUCAAGGCUCCAAAGAUCUCCAUGCCAGAGAUUGAUUUGAACCUGAAGGGGCCUAAACUGAAGGGGGAUGGUGACGUGUCAGUUCCAAAACUGGAAGGUGACCUCAGAGCCCCAGAUGUUGAUCUCAAGGGUCCUAAAGUGGAUAUUGAAGCACCUGAUGUUGAAAUUGAGGGUCCAGAAGGAAAGUGGAAAGGCCCUAAAUUCAAGAUGCCUGAAAUGAACAUCAAGGCUCCAAAGAUCUCCAUGCCAGAGAUUGAUUUGAACCUGAAGGGGCCUAAACUGAAGGGGGAUGGUGACGUGUCAGGUCCUAAAGUGGAUAUUGAAGCACCUGAUGUUGAAAUUGAGGGUCCAGAAGGAAAGUGGAAAGGCCCUAAAUUCAAGAUGCCUGAAAUGAACAUCAAGGCUCCAAAGAUCUCCAUGCCAGAUGUUGACUUGAACCUGAAGGGCCCCAAACUGAAAGGAGAUGUGGAUGUUUCAGUGCCAGAGGUUGAAGGUGAAUUGACAGGACCCAACAUUGACAUCAGAGGCCCAAAAGUGGACAUUGACGCACCCGAUCUUGAGCUUCAUGGUCCUGAAGGCAAGCUGAAACUGCCCAAAUUCAAAAUGCCCAAAUUUGGAAUGCCUGGUUUCAAAGCAGAAGGCCCUGAACUAGAUGUCAAUCUUCCAAAGGGGGACAUUGAUGUAUCUGCUCCAAAGGUAGACCUUGAAGGUCCUGAAUUUGAUAUUGAAGGUCCAGAAGGCAAGAUUAAAGGUCCUAAGUUCAAGAUGCCUGAAAUGCACAUCAAGGCACCCAAGAUCUCCAUGCCAGAUGUUGACUUGAACCUGAAGGGCCCCAAACUGAAAGGGGAUGUGGAUGUUUCAUUGCCAAAAGUUGAAGGUGAAUUGAAAGGACCCAACAUUGACAUCAGAAGCCCGAAAGUGGACAUCGACACACCAGACCUUGAGCUUCAUGGUCCUGAAGGCAAGCUGAAAAUGCCCAAAUUUAAAAUGCCCAAAUUUGGAAUGCCUGGCUUUAAAGGAGAAGGCCCUUCAAUGGAUGUGAACUUACCCAAGGGUGAGGUAGAUAUUUCUGCUCCCAAAUUAGACAUUGAAACUCCUGAUUUGGAAAUAGAAGGCCCUGAAGGAAAAUUAAAAGGCCCCAAGAUUAAGAAGCCUGAAAUGCAUUUUAAUGUCCCCAAAAUUUCGAUGCCUGAUAUUGACUUAAAUUUGAAAGGUCCAAAAUUAAAAGGCGACAUAGAAGGUGACAUCAAAGGUCCUAAUGUUGAACUGAAAGGGCCAGACAUUGAUGUGGAGGCACCAAAAAUAGAUAUUGAAGCAAAGCCAAAGAAGUCAAGAUUUAAGCUUCCCAAAUUCAAUUUUUCUGGGCCAAAGAUUCAUACCCCAGAGGUUGAUGUGAAACUUAAGAAACCAGAUAUUGAUGUGUCAGGUCCAAAAAUUGAUGUUCAAGGUCCAGAUGUUGACAUUCAGGGAAAAGCAAAAGGUUCUAAAUUUAAAAUGCCCUCCUUGAACAUCUCAUCACCAAAAGUUUCAAUGCCUGAUGUGGAAUUAAACUUAAAAGGACCUAAAUUAAAAGGAGACCUUGAUGUUUCUGCUCCAAGCCUGGAAGGAGAUCUUAAAGCUCCUGACAUUGAAGUCAAAGGCCCCAAAUUGGACAUUGAUGUUCCAGAUGUUGACCUGCAUGGACCAGAGGCCAAACUAAAAAUGCCCAAGUUUAGGAUGCCUAAAUUUGGAAUUCCAGGAAUCAAAGCAGAGGGACCUGAUGUGGAUGUAGAUCUUCCCAAAGCAGACAUUGAACUAUCAGGCCCCAAAUUGGACAUUGAAGCCCCUGACAUCGAAGUAGAAGGCCCCGAGGGCAGGAUGAAGGGCCCCAAAUUUAAAAUGCCUGAAAUGAAUAUUAAUCUUCCCAAAAUGUCAAUGCCAGAUGUAGACUUAAAUUUAAAAGGCCCUAAACUAAAAGGAGGUGUUGAUAUUUCUACUCCAAAACUGGAAGGUGACCUGAAAGGUCCAAAUGUUGAGAUCAAGGGUCCAAAAGUAGAUGUUGAUAUUCCAGAUGUUGAGAUUGAAGUCCCAGAAGGAAAACUGAAGGGGCCCAAAUUUAAAAUGCCAGACAUGCACUUUAAAACCCCUAAAAUCUCCAUGCCAGAUUUCGACAUGAACCUAAAAGGCCCUAAAGUAAAAGGAGAUGUAGAUGUUUCAGUUCCAAAGCUGGAAGGUGACUUGAAAGCUCCAGACAUAGACAUCAAAGGCCCAAAAUUGGAUGUUGAUAUCCCAGAUGUUGAUAUAGAAGGGCCUGAUGGAAAACUCAAAGGACCUAAGUUCAGGAUGCCUGAAAUGCAUUUUAAAGCUCCCAAAAUCUCCAUGCCAGACUUUGACAUUAAUUUAAAAGGCCCCAAAGUAAAGGGGGACAUGGAUGUGUCUGUACCAAAAUUGGAAGGGGAUCUAAAAGGCCUUGAAGCUGACAUCAAAGGUCCAAAACUAGAUGUAGAUGUACCAGAUGUUGAAAUUGAAGGCCCAGAAGGAAAGUGGAAAGGCCCUAAAUUCAAGAUGCCUGAAAUGAACAUCAAGGCUCCAAAGAUCUCCAUGCCCGACAUUGAUCUGAACCUGAAAGGCCCUAAAAUGAAAGGAGAUGUGGAUGUCUCCUUGCCAAAGGUUGAAGGUGAUUUGAAAGGACCAGAAAUAGACAUCAGAGGUCCUAAACUGGACAUUGAGGCUCCAGAUGUUGACCUUCAUGGGCCAGAAGGAAAACUGAAAAUGCCCAAGUUCAAGAUGCCCAAGUUUGGAAUGCCUGGAUUCAAAGGAGAAGGACCCGAUGUGGAUGUAAGUCUCCCCAAAGCAGAGCUGGACGUUUCCCUUCCCAAAGUUGACAUUGAAGCACCCAGCCUGGACGUUGAAGGUCCUGAAGGAAAACUGAAAGGGCCCAAGUUUAAGAUGCCCGAAAUGCAUAUCAAAGCUCCAAAGAUCUCCAUGCCAGAUAUUGAUUAGAACCUGAAGGGGCCUAAACUGAAGGGGGAUGUUGACGUGUCAGUUCCAAAACUGGAAGGUGACCUCAGAGGCCCAGAUGUUGAUCUCAAGGGUCCUAAAGUGGAUAUUGAAGCACCUGAUGUUGAGAUUGAAGGUCCUGAUGGAAAGUGGAAAGGCCCCAAGUUCAAGAUGCCAGAUAUGCACUUCAAAGCACCCAAAAUCUCCAUGCCGGACUUUGAUUUGAACUUGAAAGGUCCUAAAGUGAAAGGAGAUGUGGAUGUCUCUGUGCCAAAGUUGGAAGGUGAUCUGAAGGCCCCUGAUCUUGAUAUCAAAGGACCAAAACUAGAUGUUGAUGUUCCUGAUGUUGAGCUUGAAGGUCCCGAGGGAAAGUGGAAAGGGCCUAAAUUUAAGAUGCCAGACAUGCACUUCAAAGCACCCAAAAUUUCCAUGCCUGAUGUGGAUUUCAACCUGAAAGGGCCCAAGAUGAAAGGAGAUGUAGACCUUUCUGCUCCCAGCCUAGAAGGUGAUUUGAAAGCACCAGACAUUGACAUCAGAGGUCCUAAACUGGACAUUGAGGUUCCAGAUGUUGACCUUCAUGGGCCAGAAGGAAAACUGAAAAUGCCCAAGUUCAAGAUGCCCAAGUUUGGAAUGCCUGGAUUCAAAGGAGAAGGACCCGAUGUGGAUGUAAGCCUCCCCAAAGCAGAGCUGGACGUUUCCCUUCCCAAAGUUGACAUUGAAGCACCCAGCCUGGACGUUGAAGGUCCUGAAGGAAAACUGAAAGGGCCCAAGUUUAAGAUGCCCGAAAUGCAUAUCAAAGCUCCAAAGAUCUCCAUGCCAGAUAUUGAUUAGAACCUGAAGGGGCCUAAACUGAAGGGGGAUGUUGACGUGUCAGUUCCAAAACUGGAAGGUGACCUCAGAGGCCCAGAUGUUGAUCUCAAGGGUCCUAAAGUGGACAUUGAAGCACCUGAUGUUGAGAUUGAAGGUCCUGAUGGAAAGUGGAAAGGCCCCAAGUUCAAGAUGCCAGAUAUGCACUUCAAAGCACCCAAAAUCUCCAUGCCGGACUUUGAUUUGAACUUGAAAGGUCCUAAAGUGAAAGGAGAUGUGGAUGUCUCUGUGCCAAAGUUGGAAGGUGAUCUGAAGGCCCCUGAUCUUGAUAUCAAAGGACCAAAACUAGAUGUUGAUGUUCCUGAUGUUGAGCUUGAAGGUCCCGAGGGAAAGUGGAAAGGGCCUAAAUUUAAGAUGCCAGACAUGCACUUCAAAGCACCCAAAAUUUCCAUGCCUGAUGUGGAUUUCAACCUGAAAGGGCCCAAGAUGAAAGGAGAUGUAGACCUUUCUGCUCCCAGCCUAGAAGGUGAUUUGAAAGCACCAGACAUUGACAUCAGAGGUCCUGAAGGAAAACUGAAAGGGCCCAAGUUUAAGAUGCCCGAAAUGCAUAUCAAAGCUCCAAAGAUCUCCAUGCCAGAUAUUGAUUUGAACCUGAAGGGGCCUAAACUGAAGGGGGAUGUUGACGUGUCAGUUCCAAAACUGGAAGGUGACCUCAGAGGCCCAGAUGUUGAUCUCAAGGGUCCUAAAGUGGAUAUUGAAGCACCUGAUGUUGAGAUUGAAGGUCCUGAUGGAAAGUGGAAAGGCCCCAAGUUCAAGAUGCCAGAUAUGCACUUCAAAGCACCCAAAAUCUCCAUGCCGGACUUUGAUUUGAACUUGAAAGGUCCUAAAGUGAAAGGAGAUGUGGAUGUCUCUGUGCCAAAGUUGGAAGGUGAUCUGAAGGCCCCUGAUCUUGAUAUCAAAGGACCAAAACUAGAUGUUGAUGUUCCUGAUGUUGAGCUUGAAGGUCCCGAGGGAAAGUGGAAAGGGCCUAAAUUUAAGAUGCCGGACAUGCACUUCAAAGCACCCAAAAUUUCCAUGCCUGAUGUAGAUCUUAAUCUGAAAGGGCCUCACAUGAAAGGGGACGUGGAUAUUUCUGGACCAAAACUUGAAGGAGAUCUGAAAGCUCCUGAAAUUGAUAUCAAAGGCCCGAAGUUGGACGUGGAGGCUCCUGAAGUUGAUAUUCAUGGUCCUGAUGGGAAAGUAAAGUUCCCAAAAAUGAAGCUACCCAAAUUUGGCAUGCCUGGUUUCAAAGGAGAAGGACCUCAUAUGGAUGCAAAUCUACCCAAAGGAGAAUUAGAAUUAUCAGGCCCAAAAGUCAACAUUGAAGGCCCCAACUUGGACAUUGAAGGACCAGGAGGGGAGCUGAAGGGUCCUAAGGUCACCAUGCCUGAGAUGCAUUUCAAGACACCAAAAAUAUCCAUGCCAGAGAUUGAUUUAAAUCUAAAGGGACACAAAGUUAAAGGCGACGUUGAUGUCUCCAUUCCCAAGGGCAACUUAAAAAGCCCAGAGAUUGAUGUCCAAGUACCAGGAAUUGAAGUUAAAGCUCCAGAGAUCAACUUGGAAUGUCCAGAAGCAAAUAUUGAAGGGCCGGAAGGAAAUGUUAAACUCCCCAAAUUUAAGAUGCCAAAAUUUGGGUUUGGUGGAAAAAGCCCCAAGGCAGAUGUGAAAUCUCCAACCCUGGAUGUCACCCUUCCAGAAGGUGAACUGAAUGUUGAAUCCCCUGACAUUGCCAUUUCUGGGAAAGGGAAGAAAAGCAAGUUUAAAAUGCCGAAAAUCCAUAUGAGUGGACCGAAAAUUAAAGGCAAGAAGCCUGGCUUUGAUGUGAGUGGAGAGGUAGAUGCAAGUGUGAAAUCUCCAGAUUUGGAAGGAAGUGUCUCUGUCCCUGAAGCAACACUGAAAGGGGAUGUUAACAUCAAGUCACCCAAGGGAAAAUCUGUUUUUGGGAAACUCUCUUUUCCUGAUGUUGAGUUUGAUAUAAAAUCACCUAUGUUCAAGGCGGAUGCUUCUUUGCCUAAAGUGGAAGGAGAAAUCAAGACACCAGAAAUAGAUGUUUCAAUGCCAAGUAUCAAAGCACCAAGUCUUGACGUUACAGUUCCCACCGCAAGUGCCAGUUUGCCUGACGUUAACGUUGGCGGUCCUGACAUCAGCCUUAAGAAACCAAAAUUCAACCUUUCAGGUGGAAGUGUUGACCUGGCUGGUCCCAAAUUGGAAGGAGAUCUUAGAGCACCCAGCAUCAAUGCCAAUGUUAGUACUCCUGACAUCAGCCUGAAAGGUCCAUCAGCGAACUUACCAUCUGUGGACCUUUCUGCUCCUUCCAUCUCAGCCCCUGAUCUUGAUGUUAACUUGAGAGGACCAAAGCUAAAAGGUGAUGUUGACCUCCCCACAGCAGAACUGCAAGGCCCAGAAGGAAAGCUGAAGUUCCCGAAAUUUAGCUUUCCAAAAAUUGGGAAACCGGGCGUGAAACUAGAGGGAGCUGAUGUGGAUUUUCAAGGACAGUUGCCCCCUGCAGGCAUCAAGGUGUCAGCCCCAAGUAUUGAAGGAGGUGCAAGUGUUCCUGCAGUGGAUGUAAGCUUGAAAGGACCAAAAUUAGGAGGAGACCUGGGUCUUUCGGGCGAUGUCAAAGGUCCAAAGAUUGGAUUUGGCACACCAGGGGUUGAUGUUGGCAGUUUUGAAGGAAAGCUGAACAUGCCCAAGUCUUCAGGCCUCAAUGUCAAUGUGAAUGCGCCAGACCUCGAUGUGAAAGGGCCGACAGUGAAAAUGCCCUCUGGGGGAGGUAUUUCUGCACCUGAUUUUGAUGUGAAUCUGAAAGGACCAAAGAUUGAAGGAGAUCUUGGCAUUUCUGGUGGCAUUACGUCCCCCAAGGUGGCUGUUGAGGUACCCAGUGUUAACAUGGACGGUUCUGGAGUUGGAGUCAAACUUCCUUGCAUGAAACUUCCCCAGUUUGGCAUCUCUGCCCCUCAAGGUGAAGGAAUGAGUAUUUCAGGACCACAGAUCAAAGGACCUGAAGUGGAUUUCAGAGGGCCUAACAUAUCUUCCCCAGACUUUGAUUUGAAUGUGAAAGGACCAAGUUUGAAAGGAGAUGCUCAGAUUGCUGGUGACAUGAAAGGUCAGCAGAUCAGAGUGGAAGCCCCAGGGGUGAAAAUGUCUGGCAUGGGCCUGGAUGCAGCUGCUACUGGUGUUGGUUUGAAAGGGCCUUCACUCAGUGCAUCCGCGCCAAAAGUUUCUGGAACAGACUUUGAUGUCAGUUUGAAAGGGCCUAAAAUCAAAGGUCUUGAUAUUUCCGGAGAUGUCAAAACUCCAGAGUUAAGUGCUAACGUUGAAGGCGGAGGAAGCUUUCAGGUUUCUGGACCAAAAAUAGGGGGUGAUCUCAAAGGUCCUAAGUUGGAGAUCAAAGGUCCUUCCGUUGGAGUGAAUGUUCCACAAGGCCAUUUAGAAAGCCCAUACGGGAAAGUGUCAUUCCCCAAAAUGAAAAUACCCAAGUUUGUGGUUUCAGGGCAGGAGCUAACUGGGAGGGAAGUUGGGGUUGAUGUCGAGUUCCCUCAAGCACCACAAGCGAGCCUCCAUGGUGGGACCGUAAAUGUCGAACUGGAAGAGCCUGAUAUUAAGCUUAAGAAAUCUAAAAUAAAAAUGCCAAAGUUUGCUUUCUCAAAACCUAAAGUCAAAGGCAGUGUGGGUUCCCCUGAAGUCUCAGCAUCCGUUUCGGGAGGCGAAGGUGAGCUAAAGGCAAGUCUAGGUUCCUUGGAAGGGGAUGUGGAUGUAGGUGAAGGGUCUGCCUCUCCAAAAGGGAUGUUCUCCUUCUUUAAGACCAAAAAGUCGCGGCACCGCUCAUCGUCCUUCAGUGAUGAGCAUUCAUCCCAUUCAACGCCCACCGGCACGCUGGAGCAUGAGGGAGACAAGGGCAAGCAUGCCAAACUUAAAUUUGGUACCUUUGGUGGGAUAGGGUCAAAAACUAAAGGCUCCUAUGAGGUAACAGGAAGUGAUGAUGAAACAGGGAAGACGCAGGGAAGUGGGGUGCUACUCGCAUCCAAGUCCCGUCUGUCAUCCUCUUCGAGUAACGACAGUGGGACUAAAGCCGGCUUACGAAUGCCGGCCGUAGAGUUGACGGUAGCGAAAAAGAAAGAAUAAAAUGGAGGAUUCUCAUGUACAUAGCAUCUCUGUAUAUAUCUCCCUCUACUCUGUGUGUAUAUAAAUUUUCUAGCUAUAAAUGCUCAGCAAUAAAACAGGCGAUGCCCUGUGGAACAGUAGUUCUUAACCACAAAACAACUACUGUUUGACUGUGAUGGGGGAAGCGUCCACCAACAUGAUUCUGUCUUCACUAGAUAUAUAUAUAUAUAUAUCCGACAGAUGCUGGUACAGUUGGGCUAAGGUCCCAAACUGGGGCAGGACAAGGCUAGAUGCCUAUGUAGAAUGCACCGUCUUGUUUCCCACAGGUGGCUGUAAGAACUGUUGUGCCGAAUGUUUAAAAAAAACAACAGCGCAUACUCACCAGAAAGUUGCUUUCCUAACUCACCUUUAUCAUUCUGAAUGAUUCAUAAGUAUCAUUUGUACUGGGGCUAUUGCUGAGAGAGGAGCCGUUGUAUUGAUUAAUCAGUGCAAGAGGAAGUAUGGAAUUAUGUGAUAUUUAAAGCCGUGCCAUAAGGAAGAUGGGUGUACAGUUACUUGGACGUAUUUUGGAAGUUUUCUCUUUUCGGGCUUUGGGAUUGCGCUUUUUUUACGCUGAGAGCUUUAGGUUUACUGCGGCAAGCUUUUAAAAAAUAUAUAUAAAUAUAAUUUUCAAUUUUGAUGAGUAUCCAGUGUUGAUCUAUGAAAAUGUGUCCGUUUUAGCUACUUUUCCUGCUUUUAUCUGCAAGGAGGAUUAAAAUUGUUCUCACUGAAAAAGUAGAUGUAUUAAAAAGGAAAGACACUGUAAAAAUAUGUGUGUAUAGAUACAACUGAGAUGUGCCAGAAUGGAAGGUUCACAAUAAGUCUUGCUUACAUUGCCUCAGAAAAGACAGACUUUGAAUUAGUUCACUAAGGGACAAAAAAACAUUUUAAUAAAUUUAAUAAAUAAAUUAAAUUUAUAUAUAUAAGUUUUGCUUGGUUAAAGAACAUUACCCUUAAAUAAACUGAAAACGAUUUUAUAUUUGUGGCAUCAUCUUAGUUGUCUCCAUAUAUUAUUUUUAUACAGUGGGACAAAAGGUCUCUUAGCUGUGGAGCAAAAAAAAAAAAUGUUUGGAUAAUAACUUUAUUCCCUCCUGACCCACGGAUGCUAUUUGUUAAUUUUUUAACAAAUGUAUCUUAGUUUUAAAUAAAACAAAACCAUACAAAGAAAAUCCUUUCAGCACUUUAAUGGCAAAUUAAUUGAGAAUGUAUGGAGAAUGACCUUGUAAAAUGCAAAUAAACUGUUUAUUAACCUUU